AGCUGAGCGGACUUGAAUGGCUCGGUGUGAUAUCCUCUCUCUCUCUGUCCUGCCGCUGGAUGCUCUGAACUGUGCCCUGGCAAGCUCUGAAGUUGCGACAUGGAUGCAGUGACCUAUGAUGAUGUGCAUGUGAACUUCACUCCGGAAGAGUGGGCUUUGCUGGAUCCUUCACAGAAGAGUCUCUACAGAGAUGUGAUGCUGGAGACCUGCAAGAACCUCACUGCUAUAGGCUACAAUUGGGAAACCCAUAAUAUUGAAGAACAUUGUUCCAGAAGACAUGGAAGGCAUGAAAGAAGUCAUACUGGAGAGAAACCCUCUGAAUAUACUCAGUGUGGUAAAGCCUUUGCCUGUCACAGUUAUCUUCAAAGACAUGAAAGAUUUCAUACUGGAGAGAAAUCCUAUGACGGUAUUCAGUAUGGGGAAGCCUUUGUACAUCACAGUAGUCUCCAAAUACAUAAAACACAUACUGGAGCAAAACCUUAUAAAUGUAAUCAAUGUGGUAAAGCCUUUGCAGGAAAACGUAAUCUUCAAACACAUAAAGUAAUACAUAAUGGAAAGAAACCCUACAAAUGCAAUCAGUGUGGCAAAGCCUUUUCACGAAACAGCCAUCUCCAGAUGCAUAUAAUAAUACAUACUGGAGAGAAACCUUACAUAUGUGAUCAAUGUGGUAAAGCCUUUGCAUAUCAAGGUUAUCUCCAAGUACAUAAAAGAACACAUACUGGAGAGAAACCCUAUGAAUGUGAUCAAUGUGGUAAAGCCUUUUUAAGCGGUAGUCAUCUCCAAGUACAUAAAAGAAUUCAUACUGGAGAGAAGCCUUACAAAUGUAAUGAAUGUGGUAAAGCCUUUGCAGGUCAGAAUGAUCUUAAAAAACACAAAAGAAUUCAUACUGGAGAGAAACCUUACAAAUGUAAUGAAUGUGGUAGAGCCUUUACAUGUAACGCGACUCUCCAAAGGCAUAAAACGACGCAUACUGGAGUGAAACCUUAUGAGUGUAAGCAGUGUAAUAAAUCCUUUGCCUCUCGUGGUCAACUUCAAAAACAUGAAAGAAUUCAUACUGGAGAGAAACCUUACAAAUGUAAUGAAUGUGAUAAAGCCUUUGCAUGUAACACUAGUCUCCGAAUACACAAAGCAACGCAUACUGGAGUGAAACCUUAUGAAUGUAAGCAGUGUAAUAAAUCCUUUGCCUCUCGUGGUCAACUUCAAAGACAUGGAAGAUUUCAUACUGGAGAGAAACCCUAUGACAUUCAGUGGGGUGAAGCCUUUUUACAUCACAGUAGUCUCCAAAUACAUAAAGAAACAUACACUGGAGCAAAACAUUAUGAAUGUAAUCAAUGUGGUAAAGCUUUUGCACGUCAACGUAAUCUUCAAACGCAUAAAAUAAUACAUACUGGAAAGAAACCCUACAAAUGCAAUCAAUGUGGCAAAGCCUUUUCACGAAAUAGUCAUCUCAAAAUGCAUAAAAUAACACAUACUGGAGAGAAGCCAUACAAAUGUGAUCAAUGUGGUAAAGCCUUUGCACAUAAUGGUUAUCUCCAAGUGCAUAAAAGAAUACAUACUGGAGAGAAACCCUAUGAAUGUGAUCAUUGUGGUAAAGCCUUUAUAAGCGGUAGUCAUCUCCAAGUGCAUAAAAGAAUUCAUACUGGAGAGAAGCCUUACAAAUGUGAUCAAUGUGAUAAAGCCUUUUCAUGUCAUAGUUAUCUUCGAAGACACAAUAGAAUUCAUACUGGAGAGAAACCUUACAAGUGUAACGAAUGUGAUAAAGCCUUUUUAUGUAACGCCAAUCUCCGAAUACACAAAGCAACGCAUACUGGACUGAAACCUUAUGAAUGUAAGCAGUGUAGUAAAUCCUUUGCCUCUCAUGGUCAACUUCAAAAACAUGAAAGAAUUCAUACUGGAGAGAAAGCUUACAAAUGUAGUCCAUAUGGUAAAGUCUAUUCACAAUCAGUUUACCUCCAAGGAUAUAAAAGUAACCCUAUGAAUGUAACCGAAGUAAUAAAGCCUUUACAAACCACUGUGUAGUGGUUUGAAUAUGCUUGGCCCAUGGAAAGUGACACUAUUAGGUGUGGACUUUGAGGAAGUAUGCCACUGUGGGAGUGAGCUUUGAGAUCCUAUGCUUAAGCUCCACCCAGGACAGAAGUCUUCUGGCUGCCUCCUGAUUAAAAUGUGGAAUUCUCUGCUCCUUCAGUACUAUGUCUGCUUGGACACUGCCAUUCUUUCUGCCUUGAUGAUAAUAGACUGAACCUCUGAAUCUGUACACCACCCCCAAUUAAAUGUUGGUUUUUAUAAGGGU